AUGUCUCAGGAUAGCAUCCUUCGUAUUCCCCGAAGUGAUAGUUCCGGAGACUAUGCUCUGAUCAAGGUAUCAAAGUCUGGGACUUCUGACUUGGACUUGCAGCUUGUUGGAACCGAGGGCGAAAACCCAUACAUUGGAUCCCUGAGGUCGAACGGAAUCAAGAAGCUACGAGCCAAAAACUACCGGGGUGAUGACGAUGAGUGGAUCGGAGUUCUCUCCUAUUGCUUUGAUCGGAUGCCUGAGUCCGACACAAACGCAGAAUGGAUCUCCGGGUUAGAAGUCCUGGCAGCAGUACAAGGAGAUGACAAUGAAGAAAACAAGGAGCUACAUAUUACCUUGAGGAAACGGAUUGACUCAAUCACGCAAAAACUAGGAACUGUCGUCUUGAAACAGGACGAUGAGCAAGCAAUUGAACUGUUCGAGUGGACCGGAAUGGCCGUAUCCAAGGCGAAGACACUAGGACAACAAGUUUCUAACUUGCAAACAAAAUAUCGCGAAGCAGAGGAAACGAUUAAUAAGUUGAAAGCUCAGUUGGAAGAUUUCAUCGAAACCAAGAACCGACACGAUGAGCAGUUGAUUGGGAAAUUUGUUGGUCUUCUAAAUGAGAAGAAAUCCAAGAUCAGAAGUCAACAGCGUCUGAUAACAAAAGCCAAGGAGAACCCGGAUACAGUCGUGCAACUAGAACAAGAAGCAGCUACAACAGAAGUACCACGGAAACAAACCCGCAAACCGGCCGCGAGUAGACGAUCGAAACGAAAGGCAGAUGAACCGCCGCCCGAAGAAUCGGAGAGUGAUGACGGUUUUGAUGCAAUGGACAUUGACAAGAAAGACGCUACUGCUGACGUGGACGAGGGCAGCAGUACCACAGAUGAAAGACAGGACACACCCGAGCCCCUCGAGGAUGAGACAGCAUCGGAAAUAGACGAUGAGGUGCCUCAUGCCCCGGCUCCAAAGAAGGGCGGAAAGUCAGAAAAAGGUCCCAAGACGACAACUGCUGUGACUUCGGGUGCUAACAGGACGCGGAAUACGCGUGCAUUGUCUGCAAGGCCCGAAGUUACGGAGCCGCCACCUCCGCGAGAAUUGCCGUUCGGCAAGAAACGAGCUGCUUCGAAACCAGCUGUUGAAAGCAAUGAGGACGGUGAAACAGACUCGGAGGAUGAUGAACUGUAA